AUGAAUCGAGCGCAAGAAGCCAACGCGCCCGCGAAAAAUCUCCAGAAAAAAUGGAAUCAUACAACAAGUACUAAUAACGCACCAAGACCAAAUACCUGUCCCAUUCGAGUAUUCGCAAAGGAUCUAUUGGUGCACUCGCGGUGGUUCUCCGACGUCAAGGUCCAAGGGCAGUAUUGCAACUACUCGGCGCGACUAACGGCCACUGUUUGUCGCGUAUUGGGCAACCACUACGAAAUUGUGCUUCGGAACCAGAACUAUACACACUCACAUUCCAACAGCGAAACCCAAGCUUCGAGUUACUUGACAACAGCUACGCUGCCGCUCGACAAUCAAGGUCUUGAGGAUGUGAAGACAUUGGCUGAUGCACGUGUUUCUUCGACUCACAUCACCAAUUUCCUGAACGACCGCAUUGGUUAG